GACGACAUCGCGCUUCUCCGGCCGGCAGAACGUACACAGAGAGAGCAGACAUCUCGGAACCUGAGCGAGUACCAAGUGGUGGAGGUGCGCCGAGCCUCACAUGGGGGUCUCAGGAAACAAUGACGUCACCAUGCCGGAGGAUGAGCACAAGACAGCCGCCAGAUCCAAGGAGGUGGUAGCCCCCCACGGGGAGCACCCGCUGCAGUACCGCUACACCUUCUGGUAUUCCCGGAGAACGCCCUCCCGGCCCGCCAGCACUCACAACUAUGAGCAGAACAUCCGGCAGUUCGGCACAGUGGCGACGGUGGAGCAGUUCUGGCGAGUCUACAGCCACUUAGUACGGCCCGGAGACCUCUCAGGAUACAGCGACUUCCAUCUCUUCAAGGAAGGCAUCAAACCCAUGUGGGAGGACGAUGCAAAUAGAAAUGGCGGGAAGUGGAUCAUCCGCCUGCGGAAGGGCCUGGCGUCCAGGUUCUGGGAGAACAUCAUCCUGGCCAUGCUGGGCGAGCAGUUUAUGGUGGGAGAGGAGAUCUGCGGGGUGGUCGUGUCCAUACGCUUUCAGGAAGACAUCCUCUCCAUCUGGAACAAGACGGCCAACGACCAAAUCAGCACCAUCCGCAUCCGGGACACCCUCAGGAGGGUCCUCAACCUCCCGCCCAACACCAUCAUGGAGUACAAGACCCACAACGACAGCCUCAAAGACAACUCAAGCUUCAGGAACACAAAGCUCUUGCUCUAGCGACCGCCCCAUCUCUGCGGAGCGUCCUGAGGGAGGUAGGGCCCGGCCACGGCUCUCGGGACGCCGCGCUGCAGUCCUCCUGACCGUCCCAUCUCUGCUGACAGUCCUGAGGGAGGUAGGGCCUGGACACGGCUCUCGGGACACCGUGCUGCAGUCCCCCUGACUGCCCCGCCCGAUCUCUGCGGACAGUCCUGAGGGAGGUAGGGCCUGGACACGGCUCUCCGGACGCCGCACUGCAGUCCUCCUGACCGUCCUGUUCUUCACUAUUUUUUAUGUAAUCAAUACGAAUUAGGACAAUAAAGUAUUUUCUGCCA